AUGACCCGUUCGUCGAAGCCGAAGCACGCGUUUCGAAUCCACAAGCCAACCAAACGUCUCCAGGAGUUUGCGGGGAAUCUGCAGAAUGCUUUAACCAGGUGCCUUCCCACCGAGAAUGAACAGCCAUAUGAUAAAGUCUCCGUUUUGGCGCUUCACUGGUUCAACGAUGAUUUGAACGUAGUGCCAUUGGAGCAGGAACUACUGGACGUGUUUAAGAACAUCUAUGGCUUCGAUGUUGAAUCAUACACCAUUCCAAAGGCCAAACCAGUGAUAUACCUAAAUAACAAGCUCUCAAACUGGACUGUGGAAUACAACGACAAGCGCACGCUGCGCAUCUGCGUCUAUUCCGGGCACGCCUCUCCGGCCGGGCCAACCGACGAACACUGGCACUUUGGUGGUAGAACACAUUCCGAUGGAUCUCUGGCUGGUCCAACCCUAGACUGGAACCGGGUGAGAAGUACCUGUGAAAUGGGCGAAGGAGAUAUAUGCUAUCUCUUUGAUUGCUGCUCUGCGGGCUCAGGUGCUUUCUACGAUGGCCCGGAGCUUAUGUGCGCCUCCGGCUUCCAGCAAAUUGCCGGGGACAAUUUGAUGUUCUCGUUCACCCGAGCACUGAUAGAUACACUGCAAGAUCUGGACGGCCAACAGUGCACGAUGGCUAACUUGUUUGCCAUUUUGUACCGAAACUCGAGCCAGCACAAUGUUAGCACAAGUCCGUUGCAUGUGAUGAGAAAGAACGCGCCAAGUAUUGUCCUGCAAAAGCUCUCUACAGCACCUGAAGAGCGCACCUCAUCCAAGACCAUUUCAACACAAAGCGAGGAUAAAGUCCUCAUUUCUGUGCAUCUCUCCGACGGUAGACCGAAUUUACAGGCUUGGAAAAAAUGGCUGACAGAAAACAUUCCGGCCGGGGUACUCAGUGCGGAAAUAAAGAUUGAAUCCAUGUUUGAGAGCCGAAGCACCAUCGCCCUCGUCACGCUUCCUCUGGAACUAUGGACAGUACUGGAUCCGACGGACGAGUCUUUCACCUUCAUUGGCUUUGUCACGUCGAGCAAUCGACUCGGAGGUGAAUACGGGUCUCAGCUCCCAGCCCGCGGUCCGCCCGGCCCUCAAAGCCAGGAAAACACGCCCUUUGCGCAUCACCGUGGGAAGUCGCUCGGCUAG